CUGCUCUGUGUUUGGUUUGUGCAAAUGCCGAUACCAACGAUGCCAAGCUGUCGUAGCUGCAUCGCAAAAUCGUUGCUUCAUGACUGCUGCCACCGGACAUGGUCUUGCGCGGGAUGCGGAUCCGCUGCUGGAUGAUUUGUUGGCCUCUAGGUCUCAGUGACGCCCGCGAGCCCCUGUGCAGACAUCACGUCAGGCACGCGAAUCAGUCAGCCACCUCGUCGAAAGGCCCUUUAAGCUUCGCCCAAUGGAGUCGGGCCUCGAGAUCUGAUAAUCUGGCAUGCGGCAUGGGCUCCGUGUCCCGAAGUCCCGGGACCCAUACCAGCCCUACCGGCCAAGAUCACCCGCCGCGCGGCAAGCCGAUCGUCCGAUGAUCCAAUCCUCUUCUCCCUGGCAAGCGGUAGCUUCUUAGGCGGCCGCUCGGCAUGCACGUGGCCCACGAUCGUCUGGUUGGCGCGCUUGUGCCUGACCCGCCAUCCAAGCAAUACCGUUCACUUCCCUAUCCGUCCAUCUUUGUGCUCGAAAGGCAGAAAGCGGCGAGGUUCCCUCGGAGGGGUACCAUCACCAAGGGCCCCUCCCGUGGCAGCACCACACGUAAUCCAUCAACAGCAACUCCGCACUAAGCGGUGAGGGGGUGGUAUGGGGAGAAGAAGCGAUGAGGAUCUGGAUCGCAAGACCCCACACGCCAGUUCCCUUGACCCUGUAGAUGGCGUGAACUAUAAACGUGGAUCUUGAGCUCCACGCAGCGGAGAGGAGUCCCAGUCCGACCUGCAGGGCAACGGGGGGCGAGGCGACAAUGCUUGUCGGAUUUCCGGCGUGAAGGUUAGCGGAUAUGCCGCUUUGCGAUGUAUGGCCUACGACUUAUCUCUUGAAACGGCUGCUCAGCUCGUCUGUGACGAGCCAUACCGAUUCCUGCCUUGUACGAAGCCGAAGUGAACUCCGGCAGCAGUGGUUGCCACAGGUAGGCAGAAAACCUAUGACACCAAUAGCCCAAAGUGGUAGAGUUG